AUGGCAACAAUAGUGAAUACUGCCACCUCGACCGCCAUGGAAAGGUCUGAUGGCACUCACUCCGCCAUGCCAUCGCUAUCGUACAACGGGAAGACCACGGAACAAACGGUCAACAGCUCGCCUCAGAAGAUGAAGAAGACAAAGUAUCGUCAUGUCUUUGCAACCCAUUCGCAGAGCCGGCAGUCAUGCCUCACUCACGGUGCACCUCAAUCACCAAGCUUCGUCGGAUUUCGCAACCUGAUGAUACUCGUCCUCGUCUUUUCUAACCUUAGACUAAUGAUUGAGAACUUCCGUAAAUAUGGCGUCCUCAUCUGCAUCUCAUGCCACGACUAUAGUCGCCAGGACGUCAUAUACGGCCUCGCACUCUACUUCUCUAUUCCCUGUCAGCUAUUUCUCGCAUACCUUAUCGAGCUCGUUGCCGCACAACAAGCGAAGAGCGCCCUGGCGCGAAUGAAACGAGCCGGCGAGGAACACAACACUCGUGAGAAUCAGGCGGCUGCUCGGCGCAGAUUCAAGAAGAUAUGGAGGAUCGUCGCCUUCUGUCACGGCAUGCACGCCACAUUCAAUCUCUGGAUUUCGUCCUACAUUGUCUAUUACCACAUCCACCAUCCGGGGAUAGGCACUCUCUGCGAGCUGCACGCGGUGGUGGUGUGGCUCAAGGCUUGCUCGUAUGCCUUCACCAACCGUGAUCUACGACAUGCCCUCUUGCACCCAAAUGAGGCUGAGCCGCUGCCCGAGAUCUACGCCAGCUGCCCCUACCCUAGGAACAUCAGUUUCUCGAAUCUUUGCUACUUUUGGUGGGCUCCAACGCUCGUUUACCAACCUGCCUACCCCCGCACUGACCGAAUCCGCUGGGGAUAUGUCGCAAUGCGUGCUCUCGAAGUGUUUGGUCUCAGCAUCGCCAUCUGGAUCGCGUCCGCUCAAUAUGCCGCACCCCUACUACAGAAUUCGCUUGACAAGAUGGCCAGCCUCGACUUUACCUCGAUCCUGGAGCGCGUCAUGAAACUCUCCACCAUCUCUCUGUUCUGCUGGCUUUGCGGGUUCUUUGCCCUCUUCCAGUCUUCGAUGAACGGCCUCGCCGAGAUAAUGCGCUUUGCGGACCGCGAGUUCUACGAAGAAUGGUGGAACGUUAGCAGCGUGAGGGAGUACUGGACGACGUGGAACAAGCCAGUGACGAACUUCAUGCGCCGCCACAUAUACAGUCCGCUCGUUGGCCGUGGGAUGCCACCAUCGCUCGCGCAGAUCGUCGUCUUCUUCAUUUCUGCGGUUUUGCAUGAGCUGCUUGUCGGCAUCCCGACCCACAAUGUUCUCGGCGUCGCUUUCAUGGGCAUGAUGUUCCAGAUCCCCCUCAUCGUCUUCACCGAUAUGCUUAAGAAGGUCAAGGGCAUCCGCGGUGAAGUGGCAGGCAACAUGAUCUUUUGGGUCAGCUUCUGCCUCGUGGGACAACCGCUCGGCGCACUACUAUACUUCUUUGCUUGGCAUGCGAAAUAUGGUAGUGUCUCCAAGCAGUUCCCUCAGAGCCCUGCAUUGCAUCUUGUCGGACGCUGA